UUCACUUGACUGCAGUCUGAAUUCACAAUUCACUUUACUGCUGUGACUCCAACUUCCAAAAGCUAUCUUCAAUUCCAUGACAAACAAAAAACACAAUACUUGAAAGUUCCACACCAAACAACAACAACAAUGAAAACACCAUCAAAACAUUCUCAUUCACUCUUAAAACAAGUUGGAGAAUUACUCACAGUAGCAUCCAUUACAAACACACUCUCCAAGUCACCAACACCACCAAACCCAACCCUCUUUUCCCCCAAAUUCAUCACCCAAACCCUAAUUCACAAAAUCCUCUCAAACCCAUCACUCCACAUUUCUCACAAACUCAAUUUCUUCAAUUCCUUCAAUUCCCAUAACAUCAACAUUCAUAAUUCAAUCACUUACUCUCUCAUUUUCAAGACUCUAUGCAAUCCCACUACCCCUAUUUCACUUCUCCAUCAACACCUCCCUCAACUUCUUCAUUCCAUGAAACAAAACGACGUCGUUUUCGAUUCCUAUUCAUUCAAAAACCUUCUCAAUUUCCUCAUCAAUUUAUCUCAUAAUAACAAAAAAAACAAUCUUCAUUUUGUUAUUGAUAUUUUGGAUUAUAUUCAAUCACAAAAUCUUCAACCUAGUGGUACUACGCCUUUUAUUUAUAACUCUCUUUUAAUUGCUUCUAUAAAAAAUAAUCAACUCAAUCUUGCUUUAUCGAUUUUCAAAAACGUGAUUUCGAUUGAUGAUUCGUCGAAUUUUGAUCAUGUUAUUGUUGGCUCUUCGAAUUACUUACUUUCAGCUCUUAGGAAAGCCCAGAUGAAGAAAGAGUUUAUAAAUGUGUUUAAUACUCUUAGGGAGAGGAAAAGUUUUGAUUUUGAUUUGUGGGGUUAUAAUAUUUGUAUUCAUGCUUUUGGUUCUUGGGGUGAUUUGGUUACUUCCAUGAUGCUUUUUAAUGAAAUGAAGGAGGAUAAGAAUUUGUUUGGGCCUGAUAUGUGUACUUAUAAUUCGGUUUUAUCGAUUCUUUGUAAGGUUGGGAAGGUUAAUGAUGCACUUGUUGUUUGGGAAGAGCUUAAAGGGUGUGGUUACGAGCCGGACGAGUUUACUUACACGAUUCUCGUUCGGGGUUUUUCUAGGACUUGUAGAAUGGAUGAGGCUAUAAGGAUUUUUAAUGAGAUGAAGGAUAACGGGUUUCGUCCGGGGAUACUUGUGUAUAAUUGUGUUUUGGAUGGAUUGUUCAAGGCUGCUAAGGUUAAUGAAGCAUGCCAGAUGUUUGAGAAAAUGGCUCAAGAAGGUGUGAAAGCUUCUUGUUGGACUUAUAACAUUUUGAUUCAUGGACUUAUUAAGAAUGGGAGAUCAGAAGCUGGUUAUACUCUUUUCUGUGAUCUUAAGAAGAAAGGUCAAUUUGUGGAUGAAAUUACUUAUAGCAUUGUUGUGUUGCAACUUUGUAAAGAGGGUCAAUUGGAGGAGGCUUUAGAGUUGGUGGAGGAAAUGGAAGCUAGAGGCUUUUCGGUUGAUCUUGUUACCAUAACGUCUCUUUUGAUUGGUAUUCAUAAGUACGGUCGUUGGGAUUGGACUGAUCGGCUCAUCAAGCAUGUCAGGGAAGGCGAUCUGCUGCCUGGUGUUCUUAGGUGGAAGGCUGGAAUGGAAGCUUCUAUCAAUAACUUGCCUUCCGGAAAAAAGGAUUACUCGCCCAUGUUCUCGUCUAAAGGAGAUUUUAGUGAGAUUAUGAGCUUCAUAACUCGUGCGCGGGAUGAGGAUGAGGUGGAAACUUUGUCUGAACAAAUCGAUGAGUGGUCUUCGUCUCCUCACAUGGAUAAAUUGGCCAAGCAUGUUGUAAGGUCGACCGGCAACGCUUCGCGACUGUUUACUCCCGACCGCGGACAGAGAGUUCAACAAAAAGGGCCUGAUUCUUUUGAUGUUGAUAUGGUGAAUACUUUCCUGUCUAUAUUUUUGGCCAAGGGAAAGUUGAGCUUGGCUUGCAAAUUGUUCGAGAUUUUCACCGACGCGGGUGUUGAUCCUGUUAGUUAUACUUAUAACUCGAUCAUGAGCUCGUUUGUCAAAAAGGGCUAUUUCAAUGAGGCUUGGGCUAUUCUGACUGAAAUGGGAGAAAAGUUUUGCCCAACCGAUAUAGCGACGUACAAUAUGAUAAUUCAAGGUUUAGGAAAGAUGGGAAGAGCUGAUCUAGCCAGUGCUGUUCUUGAUGGGCUACUGAAGCAGGGCGGCUAUCUCGACAUAGUUAUGUACAACACUCUCAUUAAUGCUCUAGGGAAGGCAGGACGAAUCGAUGAAGUGAGCAAAUUCUUCGACCAAAUGAGGAAUAGUGGGAUAAGUCCUGAUGUUGUAACUUAUAAUACUUUGAUUGAAAUUCACAGCAAGGCUGGCCGAGUGAAGGACGCUUAUAAGUUCUUAAAAAUGAUGCUCGAUGCUGGAUGCACUCCUAACCAUGUUACAGACACGACUUUAGAUUAUCUAGUUAGGGAAAUUGAUAAAUUAAGAUACCAAAAAGCAUCAAUUUUGAGUGAAAAAGACGAUCCUCCUUGAGGGGACAACGUAGCAUGUAACUAAAGUGCGGCGAGUAAGAUUCUAACAUUGUAAGCAAUUGGAAUUUGUAAUAUAGUAUUUUUUUUAAAUCUUUU